GUUUCAGAGGAGCAGCCAAGGACUGGCCACACAAGUCGUUCCUCCCUCUUCCUGAGUGCACGCAAUGUCCACUGGUGACAGAAUACAGAAACACACUGCCCCAAUUUGUUUUUGUUUGUUUUUUUCCAAUCUUCUCUUCCUAUUCAGGGGAUUACAGAAUCUGGGACGACCUUAAAAUUGACAUGGGAUAACCGUCAGUUUUUCGUUUUUGAAAGGAUUGUUUUUUAUUUCCUUCCAGACCUUAAACUGCUUUUUUCUCUCUUUUUUCUUUUUUGCUGGUGGCAUAAUGUUUUUUCUUUUCGUUUAUAAAAUGGUUGAAAGGAAAGUUUUGGAAAGUGUGAUGUGCUCUUGUGCCUAUUUGCAGGCCGACUAUAAAUAGUUCAGGAGCUUACGCAUGCUCAUGUUUGAUUGGAAAUCUCAGUCAGUGCUGUUGGGUAUCUGUCAAAGGAAGGAAUGAAACUUCUGAAUGGUUGUAGGAAACCCCAAAACUAAGUAAUUUCUUCGUGGAGGACACAGAUUCUUUUCUUGAGUAUAACUUUAUCUGGUGUGAAAUGGGUUCACGGAGGACGACAUCACGCUUCUCUUUUGGGAAUGGACGGUCCGGCAAUGGAGAUGGUGUCAGUGGUGGCGGCGGCGGCAGCAGCAGCAGCAGCAGUCGGCCCGGUGGCUGCAGCUACCUCUCUAACGUGAGGCCGGAAAACAGGAGCACACUCUGCAGCAUGAUGGCACAGUUGACAGAAGAGACGCAGCCCUCCUUUGAAACUACCCUGAAGUCAAAAGCUGUGUCUGAAAAAUGCAACGUGAAGUUCUCCUGUGUGGUUACAGGAUACCCUGCUCCUCAAGUUAUGUGGUAUAAGGAUGACAAGCAGUUGGACAGAUUCUGUGGACUGCCCAAAUAUGAAAUAUUCCGUAAUGGACAAAAUCAUUCCCUGCACAUUUACAAUUGCACUGUGGAGGAUGCAGCUAUAUACCAGGCCUCAGCAAUGAACAGUAAAGGUAUUGUGUCCUGCUCUGGAGUUCUGGAGGUGGGUGAAAUGAACGAAUUCAAAAUUCACCAGCGCUACUUCUCUAAGCUCAAACAGAAGGCCGAGAACAGACGCUUGGAAGUGGAAGAAAGUAAAGAAAACCAGGAGCCGCUACGAGCCAUCAGUCCAGACCGCACGCAGAGGAAACGGCGCUCUACAAUGGAAACCUUUCUCAGCACGCCAAGCUCCACAGAGGAUGAAGGCAGCGAGGAGAACCAUCAGACGAUUACUGUAGAGGAGAUUACUGAGGCCGGGAUACAGGAGGCCACUGUAGAGGAAGCUGAAGAAAAGUCAGUCCCAGUCACUAAUGGAGACGCUUCUGCUUUAACUAAUGGACAGGCCACCAAUGACAGUGGAAGCAAGGGUGGGACAUACACCUAUGACUCUGUCCAGAAGAUUUUCACUCCACAUCAACCCAAAACACCCUAUGUCAAGAAGAUUAAAAUUUUGAAUGGUGCAAAAGUUGCAAAAACAGAUCCUCUUGGGGAGAGAGUGUCUGGGGAGAGGAAGUCAAAAGAUGACACUUCACCACCUGCAGGUCCAGCCUGCACAGUGGCACUACAGAAUAAUACAGGGAAUUCAGAAGAAGCUAUGGAAGUAGAGCACAUUGUUAAUGCAUCGGCUGUGGAUUCAGACUCAAUAAACACAGCAGAGGAACAUCAGAAGUCCACACCAGAGGACAAAAUGCUUGUGGAACGGCCUUCAAAGGAUAAAAACACAUCUACUGAGGCAACUGUGCCUUCAGAGAGGGAAAGGCUCACCGCUGCGCCUCCAUCUGCAAGUCAUACCGUGUCAGGAACUGAGGGUAAAAUACCUGCAAAACAUGAAAGGGAAGGUGGAUGCAAAGACAGGAAAGAAAAUUUGAUGAAGCAGAGACAAAAUCUUCACACGACACCAUCACAGUCAAGUGUUUCAUCAACACUCCUGAAGGACAUCCGUACUACAGAGCAUACAGCCAUGGAUGUUGAUGUGAAGUCAAGGGGUACCUCUGAUGGAUCUUUACCACACAGACAUAGUGAGUCGCCGGAUUCUUCAUUUGACAGUGAGAUUGCUUUGCCUCAGCGCCUGUGUGAACCGGCUGGAGAUCAACUGCCUGAGAAAGAAACACGCCACUGCCAAAGAGACGCGUCUGUGCCUCAGCCAGCCCUGCCAAGUGAGGUUACGCAGGCCCAUACAAAGAUGAACAGGAAUGAUGCACCUGCUGGCUUUAAGCUACCACCUGACGAGUAUACGAUCGGCUCGCAACCACCUCAAAAGACUCCCAUUGAAAGGGAGACCAAAACAGAUGACAUCCAGACCUCUGCUUUGCACAGUGUUCUUCAAACGGCCAUUGACACAAUGGCGCAGGACACGCAGGAUCAUUCCAAGGAAAGCAAUGAAAGCCACACUAUCCUUUUAGCACACAUACAGAAGUCUUCCCUUGAAAGCCCUGGUGGUGGGGAAAAAACCCAAGGGUGUAGGGUUUCGGCCGCCGUCCUGCAAAGCCAAGUUGAUACGGCAAUAAAAACUGUUGAAGGGACAGAAAUACAAGAUGGGAAGGUAAAGACUAACGAGAUGGGUAAGUUAUUACUACAGCCUGAGAGUGUGGCCCCACAGGAGAUUAUAGUCGAUAUGGAGACUGAAACUAUUGCUCUACAUACGACAGAGCAAAGUAAAAACGACAAGACCAACGAUGCAGAGAAUAAAGACGCUAGUGUAAUCGUUGCAGAUACGUCUUACAAAGAAACUGAGAAGAAUGAACCCAUGUCAAAAGCGGUGGAGAAAACUAGUUCGGAAUCACAGAAUCUGAAGCCGGACAAAUUAGAAACUGGCCUCCCAGACUUAACAAAAACUCCAGAUAAAAUAGACUCAGUCGAACAUCUCAUAGACUUCAAAGAAAUUCCAAAGCCAGUAACAAAAGUCAUAUCUGUCGCUGAGCUUUUGAGGUCACAAAUGAAAGCUCUGGACUCCACGCUAGCUAAUCAGGAAGUAAGAGAUGAUGGCAGAAAAAGUGAGAAAGAAGUGAAGAAAUCAAUGCCGGACAGGGGAACUGGGAUGAGCACUGACAAUACUCCUCCCACAAACAUAAAGGCAACACUUAUCGAGGUUUAUCAUCAGCUAAAUAAAACUGAUCAGGAACAAAUUCAGACUCAAGGUGCAACUUCACCACCCGUUCAGGCUCUCGGCAUCCCUCCUGUCUCUGCCAUAGACAAUGGCAGCACAGUGGACAUUACAGGACUUGAUGGGUGUACCAAAAAAUAUAAUGAAGGUGUCAUGGAUAUUGGCCUGGAAACUCAAGAAUCAACUCUGGUCCCUUCAAGAGAUUCACAUCCAGAGGGUAAAAAAGUAAAACCCAGUUUUCCUCCUUUGGCUUCAGAGUACAAAGUGAUAAACAGUGUUCCAUCGAUCUCAAAUUCACCUGGAACCGUAAGUCCAGAAUCUGACUUCCGACUUACAGUAACACAUAUGAAGACAAGUAUUCAAGAGCCAUGUGUUGCUGUUUUAGAGCAAACCAAAGAAGAACCUGUUCAAGGUAAAGACAUGGAAUUUACACAAAGGCUAACUCCAGAAAUUAAACUCAACAGCAACAGUGAACGGGGAAUUGCAGAAAUGAACUUGACACCGCUUUCUGAUCCAUGCAACAUGGAAGAAGGUAAUAUGAACACAAGUUCUUCAAAGAGUACAAAAAUGUUUCCCACUGAAAGUGAGCUCAGGGCUGGCAGACAUGAGAAUAAUCUCCAGCUUAUUCAGCAGGAGAGCUCCAUGGUAGAGGAAUGUUUAAGGCCUGAUUCCUUAGCCAGUCCAACUCCUGGACCUAGUUCAUUGUUGAAGAAAAGAAACGGUGUUUCUCUCAUCCCUUCUGCUACUCCACAAGAGUUAGCUUUAGGGGCACGUCGUAAAAUCCUAACAGCCAAGGCCAAACCUGAGGAGGCCACAGAGCCCACAACAUCAGCUGAAACUCAGAAAAAGGGUGGACCCAUACCGGACAAUAAGUUUUCCACUAGUUCUGUGUCUCCAAGCCUAUCUCGACAGUCACCUCUACUUCAGCCAGCAGGUGAGCCAAACUCUCUCGUAGAAAGACGUUCUCCACUCUUGACCAGAAGGAAGGCGGCGACAGAAACUCCAACACCAAGCCAGCUACCUGCUGGGGAGAGCAAUACAGAGGGGAAACCAGCAGAGAAGGACAAGUCCAACCCAUUCAAAGCGCCGCAGGUAAUCCGUAAGAUCAGGGCUGAAAGCUUUGCAGACGCCUCCGGACACUUGAAACUGUGGUGCCAGUUCUUCAAUGUUCUUGCUGACUCCGUUAUAAAAUGGUACAAAAAUGAGAGGGAGAUUGCUCAGGUUGAAAGAAAGGCAGGGGACGAAAGUCACGUUAACCUUGCCAUUGUUCAGGCUUCAGGCAUAGACUCCGGUGUUUACGGAUGCUCAAUCACAAAUGAGUAUGGGACAGACUUGACAGAUAUCCUCCUCAGUGGAGAAAUCUUGGCCGGAAUGUCGCUGCGUGAGGACCUUGGUGUUGGAGAGGAAAUCGAAAUGACACCCAUGAUAUUCAACAAGGGUGUGGCUGAUUCUGGCGCCUUGGGCAACAAAUUCUUUGGCCGUAUAAUGAUGAAUGAAUCUCAAAUUGGAGGUGGAUGUUCUCAUAAAGUUUGGAGGGCAAAGGUCAUCUAUGGACUGGAGCCUGUGUUUGAGUCUGGAAACACAUGCAUCAUUAAAGCAUGCAACCCCAUCGCUUAUGAAGGCAAAGAGGAGACUCGUCUUAUCGACAGGAACCUAGACAUCAUGAAGCAGGGUUGUAAAAUCCAAAACUUGGCUCGAGAAUACUGCAAAAUCUUCUCUGCGGAGGCAAGAGUUAUAGAAAACUUUGGGCCCUCUCUGGAGGUGAUUCCAGUCUACCUGAUGUACCGACCAGCUAACACUGUCCCCUACGCCACAGUGGAGACUGAUCUGAUAGGAGUGUAUCAGAAGUACUCUGCCCUGGAUCAUACAGGCAGAUUAGAAACCAGGACUGGUUCUGAGGUGGAGCAGAAAUGUUGUGCCCUGCAGCACUGGAUCUUUCAGUGGACCAAUGGGAAUCUCCUUUUCACUCGGCUAGAAGGUGUUGACACCAAGAUCACCAAUGUGGGAAUUUCAGUCAAAUCAACAGGGCAUCAAGGUUUAUCCGUUGAAGGGAAUCCCAAAGUUUUUGAGCAGUUUGUCUCGCAACACAAGUGUAACUACUUCUGUGGUUUGCUUAGCCUGAGGUCACUGAAGGUUAUGGAUUCUUUAAUGACACCAACUAAGCCCAAGGGCUCCAGGAGUCCCUUACUUCAGCGCAAGAUGGCAGCUGGCUCCUCCAGCCCUCAGACCGGCAGGAAAGCUGCUGGCAGCCCCAGGGUUCCCAGGAAGGCUGAGCAAGAUGGAAGGAAGACCCCCACUAAACAAAAAGGUGAUGAUGUUUCCAAGGGUGUUAAGACCGCAUAGAAUGAGCACAUCUUAACGAGAUUUGACAGAUCACAUACUGUAUAUUCACCAAGAAUGCAGGCUUAGCUGGAGAAAAGACAGAAGCCCAUUAGCACCUUUAAAAAACUACAGACACAAGGAGAGAGCUUUAUUAAUAAUAUGACUUAACUGUUUAAUUUUAACAACCACCAUUCCUUGCCAUGAAUCCACCUAUCGUGGAGUGACGCCCUCACAUGCUCACGUGGUGAAGUGCUAUUAUAUCUAUAUGGCUAAAGCUGUUGCGUAAUAAAAGUCUUUCCUGAAUUUGUAUUCUAUCAAUCAAGUACCAUGGGUCACAGAUUGUGGAUCUCAGGUCAGUGUGUCGGUACUACAUGAAUAUAGGACGUUUUAAACUGAAGUGGCAUUACGUGCUGUCUACUGUAUUGUGAUAAUGCUUUUUUAGUUCGACUCAAGAAAAACAUGAAGCAUGUUUUUAAAGCUGGGAGUGAUCUGCCAGUUUUUUCCUUCAGGAAUGUAACAAGCCUAAUGUAGCCUCAUGAGACACUGUUGUACAGUGUCUAAUGGUGCUCUGCCUUUGUAUUGUAACCUGACAUGUUUACUUGGUAAUUUACUUUGCACUGCAUUUUUUUUUCUUUUUUUGAAUCUGCACCUUUGAAUGCAACUGGCUGUACAAUAAAAGAUAUGAGUACAUCUUUUAUGUUUGGAGAUGCUGUUUAAGUGCACGGCGUGGGCUUUUUAAGUCUUUUUAGUGUCACUCUCAAUAGAAAUUUACAUAUCAUAGACUGGGCUGAGUAAUGAAGGUCAUUCCACGCAGCUUCAUCAUUGUGUGUAUGAUUUGGAAAGAGAAUUAAAAUGGUGUUAUCUCAGUGACUCCUCUUACAUGCAAAUACAUUUCUGUCACCAUGACAAGUAACAUUUACAACGUAGCAUUUUUCCGUAUUUGCACUGGUUCUUAGAAAAAUUUAAAUAUUUUAUCUUUCGCAGCCUAAUUUCUACCUACGUCGGAAUUUAUGCAAAGUAAGCAUUAAGGGGAACUGAAUGUAAAAAGAUAAAAGAGAGACUUGUACCACUGCAUGCUUAGUGACAAUACCACUCAAGGGCAAAUAUUUUUCUUUCACAGAUAUUAGAGAAUGUGUUUACAGGGUGAAAGGCUAACUUCAUCAUGAUAAUCAUAUGUGAUUCCCAGUCAUUAGUGAGUCAUUGCUUAUGUAAGCGGUGGCCUCACACACAAGUGUGAACAGUGCUGGAAAGCUGAAUCUAUCGGAAAAAAAAAAAACAAGGUCCACUUAGUGUCACAUCUGAUGAUGUCCAUUAGCUUGAGAGAGUUAGAGGUUGUUAACAUAGCAGACAGAUGACAGAUAUUGGUGUGAAGCAGCGGAUGCUUUCGUUAUGCAGCCCUUAUUCUUCCUUUCAUGCAACGACGCCAAUGAUGAAGAUGCCGGUACAGGAAAUCGUACCGUUCAAAUGCUUUUGUCUGAUUCUUGUUUUGUAGUACAGUUUUAGAGUAAAAUAAAGACAUGAGUUUAAAAGA